AACACCGAAUAUCUUUCAGCGCAACGCAUGAGGUAUCGCCAAAUGUACUACCAUAUGGAGAUAUUUAAGAACGCAGAUGUGAUCGUAACUCCUACCACAGCGGCAACAGCACCAUCUAUUUCGUUGGACGCUCUUGAAUGUGGAGAACUCAACUAUGUCUAUGGAGCUAAACUCAUGCGGUACCAGAUUGCUGGGAACUUCAUCGGACUUCCCGCGAUAUCUGUGCCGGUUGGAUUUGACCAGGCGGGCAUGCCGAUUGGCAUCCAACUUAUCGGGAAACCAUGGUCGGAAGCUACGCUGCUCAGGCUUGCAUACGUGAUUGAGGGCCUUUGUGCUGCUGAGAGCCGGCGGCCAGAGGUGUUGUUCGAUCUCUUGCUAUAAAUUUGGCGAGCUUUGUAGGAUUUCCUUAUGCAAUGUAAUGUUUAGUUUUUAUUUAAGUAUACAUAGUUAGUGUUUAAUGUUA